AUGGAAACGAAGACGACUCCUUUUCUUCGUUUCACCUUCAUCUUGUUCUUAGUUAUAUUUCUUUUCACAUGUUCAUGGUACUCUCUAAAUCUACCAGGUUUCUCUGGUUAUUCUCAAUCAACCUCAUGGUGCAACUCCAGAAGCAGAGUUUGUGCUCAUCUGGGCUCAGUUUUGGAGACCCGAAUACACAAACCCAAAGACCACAUGGAAGACAUCCCUCACCACCCCUUAGACCCACUUACCAUGCAAGAAAUCAACAAGGUGCGGACCAUUCUCUCAACCUUUCCACACUUUUUGCCUUCUUUCCCAGCUAUUCACUCGCUAUCCCUUGAUGAGCCUCACAAGGAUUUGGUCUUGGACUGGAAAGAAGGUGACCCUCUUCCUCCUAGGAAAGCACUUGUGAUUGCCCUAUUGAAUGGUCAGUCUUAUGUGCUAUCUGUUGACUUGGAUUUGGGCUUGGUGACAAGCAAUGAAAUCUACCAUGGCUCAGGUUACCCGAUAUUAACGAUUAAGGACAUUUCGGUGGCAAUGCAAGUGGCUCUCUCUUACAAGGAGUUGAACAAGUCUGCCAUCAAACGUGGGCUUUCGUUAUCUGAUUUAACAUGCAUCACCCCAUCGGCUGGCUGGUUUGGAGCGAAUGAGGAAGGAAGGAGGCUAAUAAAGGUCCAAUGUUUCUCGAACCAAGGCACACCCAAUUUCUACAUGAGGCCACUUGAAGGGCUGACCAUGACAGUGGACAUUGACAAGAAAGAGGUAGUCCAAUUUACUGACACAGGCCGAGGAAUUCCUGUCCCAAGAGCUACCAACACUGACUACCGAUACCAAAAAGAGCCACCCAAAAUGAAGCCAAUAAAACCAAUAUCAAUAGAGCAACCACAAGGGCGUAGCUUUAGCAUUGAAGAUGAGCACAUAGUGAAAUGGGCUAACUGGGAGUUCCAUCUGAAGGCUGACCAACGAGCUGGCAUUGUGAUUUCUCGAGCCAUGGUUAGUGACUCGGACACUGGGGUGCCGAGAAGUGUCAUGUACAAAGGGUUCUCUUCAGAAUUAUUUGUGCCUUACAUGGAUCCUGACGAGAGUUGGUACUUUAAGGGAUACAUGGAUGCUGGUGAAUUUGGUAUGGGAGCAACAGCAUUGUCUCUUGUGCCACUAAAUGAUUGUCCUCGGCAUUCUUACUAUAUGGAUGCAAUAUUUGUAUCAUGGGAUGGGAAACCAUAUGUUCAGCAGAACAUGAUUUGUGUCUUCGAACGGUAUGCCGGCGACAUUAGUUGGCGACACUCGGAGGUCCCCGUAAAUGGCUUCAAUAUUAGAGAGGCAAGACCAAAGGUGACGCUUGUGACUCGAAUGGCGGCUUCUGUGGGAAACUAUGAUUACAUAUUUGAUUGGGAAUUUCAAACGGAUGGUUUGAUCCAUGUUGUGGUCACCCUUUCAGGGAUGCUAAUGGUAAAAGGCACUCCUCAUCAAAAUACGGAUCAAAUACCCAGCCAAGAAGCACCGUCAGGUCCUUUAGUCUCCGAAAAUGUUUUUGGUGUUGUCCAUGAUCAUUUCAUUACCUUCCAUCUUGACCUGGAUAUUGACGACACUAAUAACACAUUUGUUAAGGUGAACUUAGUCAAGGAAGAGACAUUGCCAGGUGAAUCACCGAGGAAAAGCUACUUGAAAGCAAAACGAAACGUAGCGAAAACAGAGGAUGAUGCACGAGUUAAGCUUAACCUCUAUGACCCUUCAGAAUUCCAUUUAAUUAACCCUUCAAGACGGUCCAGGCUGGGGAAUCUGGCUGGCUACAAAAUCAUCCCUGCCGGGAAUGCGGCUAGCUUGCUUGAUCACCUUGAUCCUCCACAACUUAGAAGCGCUUUCACAAACAAUCAGAUAUGGGUGACACCAUAUAAUCGGAAUGAACAAUGGGCUGGGGGACUCUUCACGUAUCAGAGCAAAGGAGACGACACCCUAGCUGUGUGGUCGGCAAGGAACCGUGCUAUUGAGAAUACAGAUAUUGUGUUAUGGUACACCCUGGGAUUCCAUCACAUACCGUGCCAAGAGGAUUUUCCCCUAAUGCCAGCAGUGUCAUCGAGCUUCGAUCUAAAGCCCGUCAAUUUCUUCGAAAGCAAUCCGAUUCUAAAGGCAGCACCCAUGUUUGAAAAGGACCUGCCAGUUUGCAGGUCAGCUACCACAUCUUGA